UAACAGGAGCAGUGAGUCUAGUUCUUCAUGUAAACGAUCACUGAUCAGCUCAAUGGUCAACCUGUAGCAGUUAGUCUGUGCUUCAAUAAAAUGCACCCCCGCCCCCAAAGGAGCCCCGUUCGACGCCCGUCAGCCCGAGUCGCUUUGCACACAAGUAACAAAGUAGCAGUUUUACUCAUUAACGCAGCAAAAGUGAUUCCCGCGAGCGACGGCGCCCCCUGGUGGCCGGAAGUAGCGCUUCCAGUAAAGGGGGGGAGAAAAAAAGAAAAAUAAAGAGAGGAAGGAAAAAACACACAAUAAAAUAUGUAAGAAGAGAGGGGAGCGAAAGACGUGUGUUGGAAAGGGGCGGCGACACGUAGGUGAUGUGAAGGAAACCCCCAGCUGUGCGUGUGGACUGCGGUGUGUGUGUUGGCCGCCGGAAGGCAGAGAGAGAGAGAGAGAGAGAGACAGACAGACACACACAAAGACAGACGGAGAGAGAGAGAGGGCAGAGGCGCGGGCGGCAGAACAGUUUUAAGAAACGAGAGAGUAAUAAUACAGCACUAGUCAGUAGUGAGUAGUGUAUAAUAUUCAGUCAGUGCGCAGAAACACACACAGGACUACAGGCGAAAGAAGGAGAGUGUGUGUGACUUGGAGGGUGUGUGUGCGCGCGAGGGGAGAGAUCGCUGGACACGACACGACACGACACGCAGCUCCACCACCAUGGCCGCCAACGAGCAGCAGGUGUACAACACAACCACCGUUGCGGAAACCAAGAGGCCCGGAUGGUUUGUGGUGCCAACGAGCGUUCUGAGCAAACCUCGCUUUGUCCUGAAAGUGGCCGAAGUGCUACUGUCGUUCGUGGCCUUUAUCCUGGAGGAGGUGGUGUCCAACUGCACGUCCUGCACCCCGCUCUACGUCUUUGAGUUCUUCAGCUGCACGGCCUUCCUCUUCACCACCCUGUUGCUCGUGCUCCUGGCCACCACUCUUCACCAGAAAGUGGGGAUCACCUGCUGGCCCACCUUGGACCUGUGUUACACAUUAGCCAUUGGCGUCCUCUUCCUUAUCGCCUCCGUCGUCUUCAGCGCAGACAACGGGGGGUCUCAGCUGGAGGGGGCUGCUGUGGUCUUUGGUUUCCUGGCUUCCUUUGCGUUUUUGGUGGACGCCGGGAUCUUUGUGAAGACAUCCGGCUUGCCGUGUCGCUCGGGGCCCCGUCCGGCCCCCGACGGGCCCCAGCACCGGGCCCCCGAGGUGGAGAAGCUCAACGCCAAUGGCACGGAGUAACCCGGCAGGGCUCUAUUGCAGCGAUCGUCAUUUCCCUCGUACCGAAUCAUAUCAUCCCACAUCCCGCCUUCCUCCUUUUUCGGUUUAACUUAGGUACUUGACAGAUAUCAAGGGGACGAGCAGAGGAUUCCGUGGGCCCUCAGUCGGAGCGUAGGGAGCUUUCAGGAGGACGUUCCAGCAUCGCUGUGAGACGGCGUCCUCUCGAGUGUUCUCCUCCUCCGCAAACGUUUAGCGUCCCCUUUCUACCCUUUUUUUUUACAUAAAAACCACCAGCAAGCAUUGUUCAGACUGCUGUUUUAAGAGAAUGUUAAAUAUAUUUUAUCUGAAAUACAGAUUAAUUUGGAUGGUGCCUUUGCACAGGAAAAGUGUAACUUAUUACGAAUAAAUGUUGUUAAAACGGUUCAGGACAAUCCAGCUUAAAGGUUAUGCAAUUUUUUUUUCCUUUCUCCAAACAAUAUUUUUAAUGUAGUUCUUCACUGUGUAAAUCAGGUGUUUCUCAGUUUUAACACCCAAAGACAUUUGUUCACAUUCAGACUUUUGCACUUUCAUGUCAGGUUCGGCUGUUUCUAAUAUCUGUCCUUAAAGGAAGCGACCUGAAGUGCCUGGGCCUGUUGGCGUCUCCCACAAGUGUGUGUGUGUGUGUGUGUGUGUGUACGUACUGUAGCAAUGCCUCUCCAACAGAAAGUAUAACCAGCCUCUACCUACAGCCAUGUCUUAAAUAACUGCUCGGUGUCUCCUGUUAGACAACCAGCCUGAACUGUGGGCCUCGAACCGGUGCUGUGGAGUCGGAGUCGGAAGCAAUUGUUGGAUUACUGGAGCGGGAGUCGGAGGUUCUGUGUAGCGACUCCACAGCCCUGCCUCGACCGGCUUGCUUUUCCAGGGUGUUUUUUUGUUUUAACUGACUGGGUUGAUUGGUCUCAUUUCUCAUCCCUUUCUGUAAAGGCAGCUGGAAUGAGACCCAGGUCCUCGAGUUGCGAAGCCCUGACGUACAGCACCGUAGUAAACUGUAGUCCAAUUGUGAAGGAAGACGCUGCCCCCCGGGACUUAGUUUCCCUGGUUUUUACAUCAUUUUGUACUACAGCACAUGUAUGGUCUGAAUAUAACUUCUGAAUAUUUUAUUUUUGCUCUUUUACACAUUUUGUUAGUAAGAAAUAUAAACCAGUUUAAUACCUUGAAUCUGUGCUUUUUACAGAGUGAGCAGUGAUACAGAUUGUUUCCAGAAAUUAAAGUAAAAAUGAGAAUAAAGCAGAUGAAUUGCAGUAUGGGUGAGCUGAACACGAAUACUGGUGAUAACAGCUGGAAUUUGGGGGUUUUAAAAACCUGCUGUAAAACUGUCAAAUCACAACCUGCCUGAUGUGUGUGUGUGUGUGUGUGUGUGUGUGUGUGAGUGAGUGAGUGAGAGAGAGAGAGAGAUUUCUGCAUCGGAAGCAGUCCUACUUUUUUUAUUAAUCCUGCAAAGGUUUCAUUUUAAUCAUUUUGUAUACAUAUUAAAACGUACUUGUAUCUUUUUGAUAUUUACACUGCGAGGUUCUACCUGUUGUCCUCCUGUUUUCCAAAUGCUGACUUGUGUACGUUAGAUGUGUGGAAACUGCUUUUAGUGAUGUAAGAAAAUAACUGAUCAAUUCAUACUUUAAUCAACAGUUAAUAUGUAAUUUUUAAUGUGAUAAACAUUUUUGUAAACCCUUAGGCAGAAGCUCAUUGGGGGCAGGACAGAUGUUCAGUUGCUGUGGCCUCGUGCAAAACCGCUUUGUCCUGCGGCAGCUGUUCAUUGGGGUUUUUCAUACUGUAAUAUUGAUUCAAAAAGAAAAUUGUAAAUAUAGCUUAAUGGCACGCGGGCAGCAGCUGGACGCUCGUCCACGAGGAUGUUUCUCUCCUCCUCUCCCCAACUGUCUGUUCUCGUGUCGACACGGUGGCGAUGGGACCGUGUUCCGGUCGCCGGUGUCCAACUAGAACCCAGAGCCUGGGCUGGCGUUUAUUUUUUUGCAUCUUUGCCCACUAAUUCUGCUGUAACUGAAGCCACAAUUUAAUAAAAUGAGUAA